AUGAGUUUGGAUACGCACGUAAUCCAUCUUCGCCCAUCGACUCGUCUCCUCGAGCUCUGCACAAAUCGUUCCACGAUGGACACUUUCAUGGUGGUAUCUUCGAGACUCCGUUUUGUCUUCGAACAGGCAGGUCAGUCGCUGCUGUGUGGUGCUCCGAUCCGUGCACGGCACUCAGUAGCUGCCCGAGAUGAAGUGUCGACGCCAUCUUCCGUCUGUACGUUCGACACUUCCAGCACGGCCGCGUCCGAGUCCUCGCGCUUCUCCGACUCGCCGUCGAGCCAAAAACUCGGAGACCUACUGACCCAAGUUGUGUGUGACGACUCGGAUCAAGUUGCGCUUGCACAGCGUCGUGCUGCCUUCCUGGUGCUCGAGCAGCUUCUGCUAAUUGACCAAAAACAAGACCAGAGCCAAACUGACAUGAAUGCCAAUCUUCUCAACGCUGCGAGUGACCGUCAACAGCCAACCGAAGCAGCCAAGCGAGCGAUGGACAUCUCAAAACGUCCGACGGAGCUGGACGCCUGCAAGUUCGCGAGUGCCGACUCCCGUCCGUAUCCGAUGAUGCCGGCUCUUGUCCAGAACGAAGAAGAGUCAAAGGAGGGGGAGCCAGAGCCGAUUAUCUACCCCAUUCCAGCGAACGAGGAGGUUCGCAUGGCCGCGAUUGAGCAUUUCCGUCUCCACGACGUCGCCAAUGUCUCUGAACUCAACGUGAUCUGCUCACUGGCUGCGGCAGAAAUGAAGGCCCCUCACAGCGUCGUCACACUCGUUGAACGUGAUGUGGUGACUCUGCUGGCGACCAACGCACCGGAAUACUGGGACGUCGGUACCGGUAAUCCGCGCGAGCAAACAUUCUGUCAGCACUUUGUCAUGGACGAUAAGCCGUUGCUCGUCCGUCACGCUGAGGCGGAUAUGCGGUUCUACCACAUCGCGCCCGUGACGAUGCGCAGUCUUCGGUUCUACGCUGGUUUCCCCGUGUCGAUCCCGUGUGUGCCAAGAGCUCCGGGACAGCCUGAGAGAGUCGUCAUUGGCGCCUUGUGUUGUCUUGAUGAAAAGCCCCACGAGAUGACGAGGUCGCAGUACUGGAAGCUCAUGAAACUUGCGGAAGCAGCCUCCGCCAUCCUGGAGAAGACUGCGACAGAAUAUAUCGCUGACCCUGAGAAUCACCCACUCGGACAACAAAGAACCGGAGUCCUAAAGCCUAAGGGCAAUGGCACGGGAAUGGUUACUUGCUAA